AUGUCAUUAGUUUCAAUCAAAAACGGGAUAGUUAAUGCCUUUUCCUCUUCAGACUCCUCUAACUCUUCUCAAAAAAGAUCAUUGAAUCCAAACGCUCCAUCCUACAGUUCGAUACCUGAUAGAGGCGAUGGUUUGAAUGAAGAAGAACACUCCGUACAAAGUCAUGGCUCUAGUAUCAACUCUAAAAACCAUGAUAAUGAAGGUAAUGACACACAUAACACAGCUCCAGGUAUUUUGGGUAAGAUAGAUCCAAGAGUUAUGUCUGAUGCUGUUAUUGGGUUAUCUGAUGGGUUAACCGUUCCAUUUGCUUUAACUGCAGGUUUGAGUUCUUUAGGUGACUCCAAAUUAGUCAUUACUGGUGGAUUUGCUGAAUUGAUCUCUGGUGCAAUCUCAAUGGGUCUUGGUGGUUAUUUGGCUGCUAAAUCUGAAUCUGAUUAUUAUAAAUCUGAAGUCAAAUCUGAGAAAUCUAAAUUCUAUUCAAAUAUAACUGAAGUUAAUCAUGAAAUUGAAGAUAUUUUAUUAGAUAUAAAUCCAGAGUUUAGUGAAGAAACUAUUGUUUCUUUUAUUAAAGAUUUAAAGAAAAAACCAGAAACUAUGGUUGAUUUUUUGAUUAGAUUUGGUAAAGGUUUAGAAGAACCAGCUGAAAAUAGACAAUUCACAAGUGCUAUAACUAUUGGUUCUGCAUAUUUCAUUGGUGGAUUCGUUCCAUUGAUUCCAUAUUUCUUUGUCUCUCAUGUCAAUCAAGGUUUGAUAAUUUCAAUAAUAACGAUGGCUUUUACAUUAUUCUGGUUUGGUUACAUAAAAGCUCAAAUUUCAUUGGGUGAUACUUGUUCCACUUUGAAGAAAUGUAAUGAAGCUGUUCAAAUGAUGCUUGUUGGUGGUAUAGCUGCAGGUUCUGCUUGGUUCUUGGUUAGAGUUAUUGGAUAA